GGUCCAUACUUUUAAAACGUUCUCAUUAUAUGAUACAUGAGAAAUAACCUCCAUGAAACCGGGUGCACGUGACGUGCUUUGCGGACAGUCGGAGCGAAUAAAAUAUUUACAGAAAAGAAAAAUAUUGUAGCAUAAUUCCAGAAUGCAAAACAAAAUAUCAUAAAGUUCUUCAAAAUCUGAGGUGCACGGCGGCCUUGCACUUCCAGAGAUUUUUGGUUUCAGAAGCUCUGAAUCCGGACUUAAUAUGGCUAGCCGUUGCAAACCUCAUAUGUGGUGUGUCUUUGGUUUGGUGAUUUUGAUGAGCUUGACAAUAAUUUUAACUGCGUCUGCUCAGCUAACAGAAACUGAAACGGUCACAGAAGGGAACCUGUCAAAUGACCCGACAAAGAUGAAAUGGCGAAAGGCCCAGUUGGAUAUAGACACUAUGCAAAAGGACUCAAUAGUGGAGAAGCCAGAUAUAAUAAGUAAUGGUGCUUCGGAGUCCACUGGACUUGGUGUUUUUGAUGGUUUUUUUGCAAGUUUGUCCAUGAUCAUUGUUAGUGAGAUUGGAGAUGAGACUUUCAUUAUUGCUGCACUCAUGGCGAUGCGUCAUCCAAAAUCCAUUGUUUUGUCUGGUGCUCUUAGUGCACUUAUUGUUAUGACUGUGCUAUCAACUGGAUUAGGGCGAAUAGUUCCAAAUUUGAUCUCAAGGAAGCACACAAAUAGUGCUGCUACAGUUUUAUAUGCUUUUUUUGGCUUGCGUUUACUUUAUAUAGCCUGGAGGUCAGACAAAAAGAAUUCACAGAAAAAAGAGAUGGAGGAGGUGGAAGAAAAGCUCGAAACAGGCCAAGGAAAGACAACAUUCAGACGUUUUUUAUCAAGGUUUUGCACACCAAUUUUCUUGGAGUCAUUUAUUUUGACAUUUUUGGCCGAGUGGGGAGAUCGUAGCCAAAUAGCAACAAUUGCACUGGCUACUCAUAAGAAUGCAGUUGGAGUUGCUGUUGGUGCAACACUGGGCCACACAAUAUGCACUACUGUUGCAGUUAUUGGGGGAAGUAUGUUGGCAUCCAAAAUUUCGCAAGGGACUGUUGCUACUGUUGGAGGAUUGCUCUUUCUUUGCUUUUCAUUAAGUUCUUACUUUUACCCUCCCAUGUAAAUUAAUCUCGUGUAAGGUAACUUUACAUUUUCCCUUGCCCAAAGAUUCAUUAAUUCUUUUGUGUCAGUUUUGUAAACGAGGAAUGUAACUCGUUCACUUCCUUUUUGUUUUCCAAAUGUCAUGGCUUCUUGCCAUUCAAAUCAUUCUUUUGGAUGGACAGAAAAGAAUGCUGUAUAAUUGUAAUAGAAAGAUGGAACUUAUUCUGAGAAGAAUGCAACAAGAGUUUUUCGUUUUAUGAA